AUGGAGUUCCAAUUUCUCAUGUCUCUCCCCAUCUUUAUUGCUACCAUUUCCUUCUUCUUCAUCUUUGCUCGGAUCAUAACCUUCGGUUCGGUUGAUAAAAACAAAAAUCUUCUUCCACAACCAUGGAAGCUUCCUAUAAUUGGCAACAUGCACCACCUUUUAGGAGAACAGCCACACCGAGCUCUUAAAAACUUAGCCGAAAAACUGGGACCAGUUUUUCGGCUACAACUUGGUGAAAUAUCUGCUGUCGUAAUUUCAUCUCCACUUGCUGCCAAGGAAAUCAUGAAAACCCAUGAUCUCUCUUUUGCAGAUAGACCCAAGCUUCUUUGUGUUGAGAUAGUUGGAUACAACUACACAAGCAUCGCCUUUUCUCCUUAUGGAAACUAUUGGAGACAAAUGCGUAAGAUAUGUGUAUUGGAGCUUCUUAGUGCAAAGAAAGUUCGAUCCUUUCAAACUAUUCGCGAGGAAGAGUCACACAACCUUGUUGAAUCUGUGGCCUUGCAAAGAUUGAAGACCAUUAACCUCAGUGAGAAUAUUUUCAUGAUGAUGAACACGAUCAUAUCCCGGGUUGUGGUUGGCAGCGCUGGCAAGGAUCAAAAGACCUUUCUUGCGCUCUUGAAAGAGUCUAUAAAUUUAGCUAGUGGUUUUGAUGUGGCUGAUCUAUUUCCUUCAUUUAAAGUAGUGCAUCGAAUUAGUGGCUUGAGAAACAAGCUCAUGAAAAUACACAAGAAGAUGGAUAAGAUUUUGAAUAGCAUCAUUGCCGACCAUCAAGAACGUCGUGGUGGUGGUGGAUUGAUCAAUCAUGAGAACGAAGAUCUCCUUGAUGUUCUAUUGAGGCUUAAAUAUGAUGGUGGCCUUGAGUUUCCUAUAACAGAUGACAACAUCAAAGCAGUCAUAUUGGAUAUGUUUGGAGCGGGCACAGAUACUUCCUCAGUAACAAUCGAAUGGGCGAUGUCAGAACUAAUCAAGAAUCCGAGGGUUAUGAAGAAAGCACAAUCGGAACUCCGUGAGGCAUUGAAGGGGAAAACAAAGGUUCAAGAGUCAGAUGUACAAGAACUAGGCUACUUAAAACUAGUGAUUAAGGAAACCUUAAGGUUGCACCCGCCUCUUCCAUUAAUGUUACCUAGAGAGUGUAGAGAAAAGUGUGAGAUAGGCGGAUACCAGAUCCCUAUCAAAUCAAAAGUUAUAAUCAAUGGAUGGAAAAUAGGACGUGAUCCAGAUUACUGGGUUGAUCCGGAUAGUUUUAUGCCUGAGAGAUUUUGUGAUAGUUCAGUUAACAAGAUGGAAAUGGAUUUUGAAUAUCUUCCAUUUGGUGCUGGAAGAAGAAUGUGUCCGGGCAUGUCGUUGGGAUUGGCUAAUGUGGAGCUUCCUCUUGCGAUGCUACUCUACCACUUCAAUUGGGAACUCCCAAAUGAAGCAGCAUUUGGAAGUCAUAAUAUGGUUGAGUCUUUUGGGGUCACUCUCAAAAGAAAAAAUGACUUGGUUUUAGUUCCAAUUCCUUACCUUAAUACAAAUUAUUGAUGCGUUCAUGUUUGUAAAUAACGUAUUCAAUUUCUUA